AUGACUGUGACUCCUCCCGUAAAAGUCACACCACCCGUUAUUGAGCCGGUUGUCAAGGAAGCUCCUAAGCAGAAGAAGAGCCAUGGAUUCCGUAACUUUGUGCUAAGCACUGUAUUCCUCUCAUCCGCUUUGUAUGGAGCUGGUGUAUGGUAUUCUCUUAAAGACGACACUUUCCAUGACUAUUUCACAGAGUAUGUCCCAUUUUCUGAGUCGAUUAUUGUCGCCAUUGAGGAGCGGGAGUUCCGUAGCAAGUUCCGAGACGUCAACAUCAACCAAGGAGGAGCCACUGCUUCGACUGCUGUUGCAAAUGGCUCAGGACCCUUGUUGCAAUCUAUUCCAGGCAAAUUAAACGAUUUAAAGGUCAAGAUUAGACCUGGUUCUUCUGCCGAACCUAAAGAGAUCUCUAGUGAUCAAGCCACUAAGAGCUCUAGUUCAAGUGCUGUCACUGCUGCUUCUAGUUCAAGUAAAUCUGCUGAUAAGAAUGCUAGUAUUGCCAGACCUAGUUCCAGUGAUUCAUCGGCAAAGAAUAUCGUCACCGAGAAGAAGGAGGGAAUCAUUCCUAGCGGAAUUGGAGCACCAACUGCCGGUGGCUCUUCGUCUCAUUUACUUCCACUGAUCCGAGUUCCUGGUGAUAUCAACCCAUUGGUAGCCUCGUCGGUUGAAACUCUUAACCAGUUCAUCCAAUCGGUAAACACUUCGACCUACGGAGAAGACAUUGUACAUAAGAUUUCGCAAGAAGUUUCCAAACUCAGUCACUCGAUCAAUGCUCUUAACAAGGAGAACCAAGAGACCCUUUCAAAGAGCUUGGAAUCGCAAGCUGCUAAAUUUGCAGCUCUGGGCGAAGCAAGAGCUAACGAAGUAAAGGAAGCAUUGGCCUCACAAGAAGACAAAUGGAGACAACAAUUCCAAGAGGAGCAAGCCCGUAUCCUAAAACUGUACAAUGACCGUCUAUUGACAGAAGUCGAGGCUACCAAGAACCUCGUUAUUUCUCAUGCCAACAACAGACUUUUGGCAAUUCAUGCUGAGAGAGAGAAGCAGUUUGCACAAGAGAUCCAAGACCGUGUUGAGAAGGAGCGUGAUGGAAGACUUUCCAAGAUCAAAGAACUGGCUGAAAAGGUCGAAGCUUUAAGCCACCUGACUGAGAAGACCAGCUCGAUCAUCAGCGAAUCUGACUCGGUCUCACAAUACCACAUCGCUGUCGGUAAACUGAACUCGGUGCUGAAGUUCUCUAACGAGCCCGUGCCAUUGGGUCCUUAUAUUGAAGAAGUCAGAAAGGCACUUUCCGACGACCCUCUGGUCCAAUCGAUUCUCGACAACAUCCCCGAAGACGCAUACAAGGAGGGUGUUCUCACCAACGCACAACUGGCUGCUAGAUUCAAGCUGCUAGUUCCCGAGCUCCGCAGCGCAUCUUUACUUCCUCCUAAUGCCGGUGUCGCUGGCCACAUUGGAUCCAUCAUCUUCUCACAACUCCUUGCUGGAAAGAGCGGUAACCCUGUUGGCAACGACAACGAAAGCAUUUUCGCCCGUGCCGAGACAGCUCUCGGUGAAGGUCGAGUCGUCGAUGCUGUUGCCGAAGUCAACUCGCUCACCGGGUGGCCCAAAAAGCUCGCUGCCGACUGGCUCUCCGAGGGUCGCAAACGCAGCGAAGUCGACUUCCUCGCUCAAGCCCUUGCUGACGAGGGUAAACUCUGGGCUUUAAAAUAG